UGCGCUAUAAAAUGGCCUUGGCGGCGCUGCUGGGUGCUGUGCGUCCGAGUGUGCUCAGGUGGUCAUGGAUCAGCGCCUGGAGACUGCCCUGGGCAAGAGCGUUAAGCUCACCUUAACCUGUGGGGCUUUCCAGGGUGUGCUGCAUCACAUCAACCCCGGUUGUAACCUCCUGCUGCACACAGUGAAGAACUUGGAAACUGGCAGGAGCUCCCCAGGAGUGAAGGUGUUUUUCAGCCAAGAAAUAGUGAAUGUGGAAUUGCUGGAUGAACCAGAUUCAGAGAAGAAAACUGCAGUGCUGUCUGAGUGCGCUUCAUCUGUAGAGGAGAACAAAGGAGUAGACACAAGAAGAGCGCAUGGUGGCCUGGGGAGUUCUCCAUGUCUUUCCCUAGAGAGGCAGCUCAAGGCCUUUAAUAGCUUAAGCAUGAACUCCCUCCCAGAGAAGGAGGAAGAAGAGAGAAUACAGUAUACAGUUGUUGAUUGCUUCCAGAAGAAGUUUGGCCCAGCAGUGCUGCACCUGAAACAACAGGAUGUUAUCAGUGUUGUUGGAGAAGGUGUUAAUUUUUGUCCCCAUGGAAAUCUCUUGUGGCUUCAGAUGGCAACAAAAAAACAUGUUUUUCUAUUUGAUAUUCUCCUUCUGGGACCUCAAGCUUUCAGAAAUGGAUUACAAGCUGUGCUAGAAGACAAAAACAUUUUGAAGGUCAUACAUGACUGCCGUUGGAUCUCAGAUUGCCUCUUUCACAAGUAUGGCAUAGUUCUUGACAACGUCUUUGAUACACAGGUUGCUGAUGUUCUGCAGUUCUCAAUGGCAACAGGUGGCUUCUUUCCACACCGCGCUUGCACGUUACAGGAGUGUCUGAUGCAGCACUUGAGGAUACCUUCCAAAUGUAAAACCCUCAUGAAGUGCAAGCAGCAAAUGGCUUUGGAGAAUCCUGAUAUAUGGUUUUUGAGACCCCUUCCAGCUUCUCUGCUUCAAGUACUUGCUCUGAAGGCUAUGUACCUUCUGCCUCUCCGCUCGUCUCUAAUGGAUAGCUUCAUGGCAGACUUCACAGCUGUGGUACAUGCUUACUUAAAUACUUCACAGCAUGGAUCUGAAGAUCAACUUGGAAGUAUAAAGCCUAAUUGCCUGGAGCUGCCAAAGGAGCUGCGUCAGCUGGCAGACAUCCAGAAGCUGCGAAGGGAGAAGGCAGUGAAGGAGCACAGAAUAAAUGAGGAUGGGCUUUUGAUCAGAAGAGUAGUAGAGUUAAAUGAGAGAAAUCCACAGAAGGAUGAAACCCACUGAGAUGACAGGGUCUAUCUUCUCCCCCACAUGAAGCAGUGUGUCGAACUACAUCCUUCAGUAGUCAGGAUCUACUUUAUCAGUGAAAGGAAGAAAGUAAAAAGCAAGUGUCAAGUCUGUAAGAGAAUCUCAGACUAACCUCAGGUUGGCUGUGAAAAUCUUUGGUGCAGGUAACUCAAUAAGCUUGUUAUGUAUGUCAGGACUUUCAAAGAAUAAGAUGGAGCUGUUCCUCAUGCGUAAGCACUGAACAAAAACACCUUUACAAGGACAGGUGAGCAGGUUGUUGAGGGAAAAUGUUGGUCUCUCUAAUCCUAAUUUCUGACUUAAGAUCUAUUCUGAGAUCACUUUUUGCCAUGAGCUGUUUUGGCUACUGACUUUUAUCAGACUGUUGUCUUAGAUUGCUUUGAUACAACUUUGUUUGCAUACAAAAGUCGUUUGCAACUGUUGUAGAUACUUAAAACUCUCACUCAAACCAAAUAUGUGAAGGGGGAGCUUGUGAGAUGCCUGUUCAUUGAUAUUAGAAAGGGUUUGCUUGGAAAAGUUAUUUUCUUAAAACUAACAAAAAGUUGUGGCCAGCCCAGAUGGGCUUGGUUUAUAGAUGGGUCUCUUUGGCAUAACUGUACAAGUCUUGCAUAGGAGAAUGCAAGAGAUCACACUGUAUGGAACAGCAGUGCCGGCAGAAACAGCAGAGGAAUAUAGAUUAAAAAAAGAAAGGCUCUUUUCUGCCAAGACAGAAUUACUGUUGUGCUAACUGGCAAAUGCAGCACUGUGCUUGUAAAGCUGCAGCCCACCUGUCAGCGCUACUGUGGCAUAUAGAUAAGACAGAGACUGUAGCGUGUACACAGAAAAGCAUCUGUUCUAAAGGGGAAAAUAGUUGAAUUAGUCUGAGUUAUGCUUAGAGCUUUCCUCAAUAAAAAUUAGAAAGGUAAAACUUA